UUUACCUGCUUGAGGACUCCCAUUAUUGCCAUUACCCUCACUGCCAAAGCGAUCAGCUGAUCCUCCUCCACGUUUGUCAGCUGUUCAUUAUUUGGACUUGACCGGAAAUAAAAUGACUUUAAAAUCUUAUUUCACCGUCAUUAUCAUGGCAGUAGCAUUGAAUGCAGUAGUUGAUCUUACCACCAUGAAUUGGACACCUGAAAUACCUGAGUGGUGUAACUCCACAAAAAAACAAUAUUUACUCAAAAUGGACCAAGCUUGCUUCACUUUGCAUCACAUUAAUAAGCAUACAAAACAGGAUAUUGAGCUGUGGGGUCAAUCCAGCAAAUGCCAAGAGUGUCCAAUGUGGAAAUUUGCCUUAAUCAGACCUGCCAGUACUGCAGUUGUAGUAGUAAAUACAACAUAUCCUACAUUAUUCCAGGUGAAACAAAAUGAAUUGACUGUGUGCAACUUCAGCUAUCAGUUUGGAGAGUUUGGACAGUACUCAAUGAAUGCAAGUCACGAAGAAUGUAGCGGUGUUGAACUAAAUAACCAUCCUGCAAACAUAUACCUUCCCUUAUUGUGGGCUUCUGUAGCAAUUUUCCUGGUAUUGGUUAUUUGGGGAUUAAAGUGUGUAAUGCAAGACCGAUAUAUACCCUGCCAUUUGUCAAAUUGGUUGCCUGGUUCAAGCACUGCAGAGGCUUCAUUAUUAAUCACGGAUUCUUCAGCUCAACAGGCGAACCAAAUACGAUAUCGUAUCCGAUGCCUUGAUACUUUCCGUGGGUUAACUAUAAUUUUAAUGAUAAUCGUCAACUACGGGGGCGGAGGAUACUGGUUCUUUGAGCAUUCACCAUGGAACGGAAUCACAGUUGCCGAUGUAAUUUUUCCGUGUUUUGUUUGGAUAUUGGGCGCCAGCUGCGUCUUAUCCCUCAAUUCACAGCUAAGACGUGCACUCAGCAAACAACGGAUCUUUUUCAGCAUAGUUCGACGCUCUGUCGCUAUGCUGGUUAUUGGCCUCGUCUUGAACUCUCUGAAUAACAACAAUGUUAAAACUUUCCGAAUACCAGGAGUUUUUCAGCGGCUGUCUUUUGUUUACCUUAUCGUGGCCUUAAUCGAACUCAUAGGAUUCGAUCCCGAAGACAAUCACAGGUACGCUUGGUUUGCACCAAUCCGUGAUAUCGUAUGCUCUUGGCGCCAGUGGAUUAUUGUGAACGUACUCGUGACAACUCAAUUACUCAUCACUUUCCUACUUCCCGUUCCAGGCUGCCCUUUAGGCUAUACAGGAGCUGGUGGACUUGAGAAAAAUGGCCUCUACAAAAACUGUACUGGAGGUGCAGCACGUUAUGUUGACAUCUCUUUGUUCGGGAACGAUCAUAUUUACCAGAGACCAACUCCGCGAGCGAUUUAUGAUACUACUCUUGCAUUUGAUCCCGAAGGGAUGCUUGGAGGGUUAACUUGUGUCCUGACUGCUUAUUUGGGAGCAGAAGCCGCAAAAGUACUUUUAGCUUUCCCAGCAAAUAAACAGCGGAUUAUUCGCUGGCUACUUUGGAGUCUGCUAACAGGUUUAACAGGAGGACUCCUUUGUGACUUCAGGAUCAACGACGGACCCAUUCCCAUCAACAAGAACUUAUGGUCUCUUUCGUUCGCGUUGGUCACAAGUUCGAUAGCGUUUUGUGUACUAACCAUCUUGUACGUCUUUAUUGAUGUUCUGUCAUGGUGGUCGGGAGCUCCAUUCCGCUAUGCAGGGAUGAACGCCCUGCUUCUGUACAUCGGCCACGUUUUCGCCAGACCUUUGUUACCUUUUUCUUGGCAGCCGCUAGCUUCCACACACGCCGCUCACCUGUCUAUGAAUUUGACGGCGGCUGCCGUUUGGAUUCUCAUCGCCUUUGUCUUGUACCGGAAACGACUUUUUUUCACUUUGUAACGUCGAAUUUACUUUCACUUUGUUAGUCGAUUUAUUCUAAGGGAUGUUUUGAAAUGGCUGGAACGUUCGAACCAAUAAGUGCAACAUAGUAAUCCGGCCAGAGAGUUCCAGCCAUUUCAUGCUUUAUGCAUUCAAUUUCUCCUUAACUAUGGGCUACGAAGUGGAAUAAAGGAAUAAAAGAUCAAA